UAAGUUCAUACCAUAAUGCAUAUGAGACGUGUUCCACAUGCACUCAUUUUUCGUUACCAUCAACGCAUACACUGAGUCUAUAAAUGCACAUGCGUGUCUGUAUAUGUUUGUGAUGGCUGCCAAACAUUUUCUACCAUCCACUUUAUAAUAAGUUUCAACGCCAAAACACUCUCAUUUUCUCUUCAGUUGAUCUUCUUCACUUCUUCAUUGCGGACUUAAGACUCAAUGGAAAGCCAAGACAACAGCCCCUUCAUGUUCACGACGCCUUCGGUGUUUCAAAACCCUAGUUUGGAGCCUCAAGAGCAGGGUCUAUGUGACAUUGACUGGGGUGACAUUUUCUCUGCCCAAAACAGUACUAGUAUUGAACGUGGUUCUUCGUCUUGUGUGGUGGCUGAAAACAAGGAAAAGGGAAACGAUAAGGAGAAAAGGAAAGUGGGGAGGAUGAAGAAAACAACACGAGUGCCGAGGUUUGCGUUUCAAACUAGAAGUGCUGAUGAUAUUUUGGAUGAUGGUUAUCGCUGGAGGAAAUAUGGGCAGAAAGCUGUGAAGAAUAGCACUUAUCCAAGCUACUACCGGUGCACGCAUCACACGUGCAAUGUGAAGAAACAAGUGCAAAGGCUAUCGAAAGACACAAGCAUUGUGGUGACGACUUACGAGGGAAUUCACAACCACCCAUGCGAGAAGCUCAUGGAAACUCUAACCCCUCUUCUCAAGCAAAUACAGUUUCUUGCUACCUUGUAACGUCGAACUUGGAAGUUGGAACUCUACAUGCAUGCACGUACACAUAUAUCAAGUUAACUUAUUUAUAUAUAUGCUCUCCUUUGGCUUAAUUUCUAAUUAAUGUCGCUAUAUAUAUAUAUGUGUGCACUACAUAUACUCUUAAUUAGAGUCAAUUACUGGUUUGAUUGUGAACUUCAUUUUGUUUA